UUAGUUUUAAUUCCAAGCCUGUCUUCGCACUCGAGAUCUAAGGGAAUCUUUAAAUUGAAAAAAUAAGUACAUCAUUCGGCAGCUACUAGUCAUUUCCAGUGCGUACGUCCCAAAAAACCCACGAUGUGCCCAACGCUGAUUCAAAAUUCAAAUCUUUUUGAGCGGAGAGAAACUAAAAGAGGCAAUCUCGCUAGAUCCUGUAACUCGACCAGAGAUAUUAAGCGGCCACAUGAAUAGACAUGAUGGUGCCAUCUAAUAGUGAAAACUGGGGACUAAUCUGCUAUUCUCAAAACAAAGAAUGUAAUUUUUCCAAUCCUGAACCAAAUUAUCAAACAUCUAAGAAUUUGAUCUCAUUUAUAUUCGAAUAUAAACACUGGAACAUUGUAGAAGUUGAUGAAUUAAAGCAUGUAGAUUAUGGACACCCAAGGACCGCACGAGAGGGGGACGGUAUUUUAAUUUUCUAUUGGAAACGUGCCCAAAUAUAUUUCCCGCCAAAUUGUACACGCGUGGUGUUCCAUGGUUAAAUGCGGCUUCUGCAUUGUUAUUUAUUUGAAUAAAGCUCACUUUGUUGAACAAUUUUUAAAAUGGACGUCGGAGAUACGCAGACCACUGGAUCUCGUGUAAUCGAUGAAGUUGGAGUUAAAUGUCAAAAGUUAUUUCAAGAUUUCUUAGAAGAAUUCAAAGAGGAUGGCGUUGUGAAGUAUCUCGAACCAGCUAAAGAGCUUGUUAGUCCAGAGCACUGCACGUUAGAAGUCACAUUCGACGAUGUGGACGAAUAUAAUCAAGUGCUUUCUACAACUAUUGUUGAGGAAUACUACAGAGUCUAUCCUUACCUAUGCCAGGCGGUUUGUAAUUAUGUUAAGGACGUAGCAGAAUUAAGGAAGGAGAAAGAAUGUUAUGUCAGCUUUGUGGAAGUGCCAACGAGGCAGAAACUGAGGGAAUUGAAUUCCUCAAAACUGGGAACGUUGAUACGUAUAUCCGGACAAGUAAUAAGAACUCAUCCUGUUCAUCCAGAACUUAUAUUGGGAACGUUCCUUUGCAUGGACUGUAAUGGCGUUAUAAAAAAUGUAGAACAGCAAUUUAAGUUUACAAAUCCAACUAUUUGUCAUAAUCCAGUAUGCAGUAACAGAAGAAAUUUCAUGCUGGAUGUAGAUAACUCAGUAUUUGUAGAUUUCCAAAAGAUCAAGAUACAGGAAACACAAGAAGAACUUCCGAGGGGAUGUAUUCCACGUUCGCUUGAAAUUAUUUUAAGAGCUGAAGCAGUGGAAACCAUCCAAGCUGGUGACAGAUUUGAUUUUACGGGUACUAUGAUAGUGGUACCCGAUGUAGCAGUCCUUUCGUUCCCCGGCGUGAAAGCCGAUCCUAAAUCAAGGCGUAAGAGGAAUAUGGAUCAAGGGGAAGGUGUGACAGGAUUGAAAUCAUUGGGAACACGCGAAUUGACGUACAAGACUGCAUUUCUAGCUUGUAGUGUCACCCCGACGAGCUUCAGGUUUGGUGGGACAGAAGCGAACAUGGAAGAGAUUUCUCAAGAAAUGAUGAAGAAACGUAUGACCGAAGCAGAAUGGAAUCGUAUAUACGAGAUGAGUCGUGAUAAAAAUCUUUAUCAGAAUCUUGUCAAUAGUUUGUUCUCCUCGAUACAUGGUAACGAUGAAGUGAAAAAGGGAAUUAUCUUAAUGUUGUUUGGCGGUGUUGGGAAGACGACGGAAGAAGGUACCUCGCUCCGAGGGGACAUAAAUUGUUGUAUCGUCGGCGAUCCAAGUACAGCGAAAUCUCAGAUUUUGAAGAUCGUUGCUCAAAUCACACCGAGAGCAAUUUACACGUCGGGGAAAGCAUCUUCCGCGGCUGGUUUGACCGCAGCUGUAAUCAGAGAUGAGGAGUCGCCUGAUUUCGUCAUCGAAGCCGGUGCUUUGAUGCUCGCUGAUCAAGGCAUCUGCUGUAUCGAUGAAUUUGAUAAAAUGGAUCUGAGAGAUCAAGUCGCUAUACACGAAGCUAUGGAACAGCAGACAAUUUCAAUAGCUAAGGCCGGAGUGAGAGCAACUUUAAAUGCCCGCACAUCGAUAUUGGCAGCGGCGAAUCCUGUCGGCGGGCGAUACGAUAGGAAGAAGUCCUUACAACAAAAUGUUCAGCUCACGGCUCCCAUUAUGUCCAGAUUCGAUUUGUUCUUUAUUAUAAUUGACGAGUGUAACGAAAUUAUUGACAAUGCGAUAGCUAAAAGAAUUAUCGAUAUACACUGCGAUAAUUGGCAGGAUUUUGAGACAGUAUACUCGCAUUCGGAGAUCGUCAGAUACAUCAAUUUCGCCAAACACUUCAAGCCUGUGUUGAGCCAGGAAGCGAUGGAAUUUCUAAUUGAUAGUUACACGACACUUAGGCAGAGAUCGAGCAGUUCCGGCAGGUGGAGAGUUACUGUCAGACAGUUAGAAAGUCUCAUUAGAUUGUCCGAGGCGAUGGCCAAAUUAGAAUGUUUGGAUGAAGUUACUGUGAGACAUGUUAAGGAAGCGAAACGCUUAUUAAGUAAGAGUAUCGUUACCGUAGAACAACCAGACAUAGAUUUAGAGGAAGGCGAGGAUGGGAACUUGGAUGUUAGUAUGUCGGAUGAAGCUCCUCCUCUUAUGGCUGCACUCAACGCGAUAGGACGGGAUGAGGAUACUCCACAACCACAAGAAGUACAGAAGAAGAAGUUAACGAUGUCUUUUGAAGAGUAUAAGAACUUAUCUAACAUGUUAGUGUUGUAUAUGAGGAAUGAAGAGGCACGCGCUGAGUCUGAUCCAUCGGAUGAUGCAAAGAGCGGGUUGAGAAAGUCUGAACUGGUAGCCUGGUAUCUUGACCAAGUACAGGAUCAGAUUGAUUCCGAAGAAGAAUUGUUGGAAAGGAAAAACUUUAUUGAAAAGAUUAUCGACAGAUUAACAUAUCAUGAUCAGAUCAUUAUACCUUUAACUGUUACAAGCCUGAAGAGCAAAGGUAAAGAUGAAGAGGACGAUCCCUUGCUUGUGGUACAUCCGAAUUACGUCCUCGAUAUCUAAACGUCUUAUAAAAUAAUUUGUAGUAUUACUAUAUGUAACUAACUCGAAGUGAA